AUGCACGCCGCAAAGAAGAGGAGGCUGGAUGGGUCUGCAGCAUUCCAAAACAAGCCUUUCCGCUCACCGCUCCGAAAGGCCACAGAAGUGCAAUCGAAUAAUGCAGAGCAAAGUGAAAAAUUAGAGGUUGAGCAUGACCCAGCAUCAAGUCCUCGCCCAAUCCUGAGCGCCUCUGGCAUUCCAAGUCAGAUCUCAUCUCUUUCUCCAUCCGUUAAGACCAGGUCUGCCAAUCCGGAACACAAACAUCCCCAAAAGCAGCGGUCUGCCCUCAGCCUUGAGCUCGCAAACUUGCGUCAGUCACUUGACAUUGCACAACAAGCCCUUGAAAUUGAAGCAUCGAACCAAGAUGUUGAGCUGCGCACCUUGAUUGCGAAAUGGAGGGCUGUUGCUCAAGAGCUUGCAGAGGAGAUUUUUGCUGAUGCCAAAGAGAAAGUCAACGGCAUGGGUGGUGUCAGGGCAUUGCGGCGACGAAAUGAAGAGGAUCAUAGGCAAUGGCACAGCUACCAGGACAAUCGGGAACUAUGCCAUGAUACAGAUGGUAACCUACUUGCUGGCAUAGAAGAGCCGUCCCAAUCGAAGUAUGCCGAAGACAACGGGGAGGACGAAGGUUGCUUCAGCAUGGAAAUGAUGCUCCAAGAGAUGAACAUCGACUUGCGAAUCAUUGGCUAUGAUCACAAACUCGAACGGUGGGUGGACUGA